CUUAGAGUGGGCUCCAGGCAGUCUCGGGCUUCACCUCGACUCACUCUAUCAUACAGUGGCCAGUGGAAUGCUUCGGUAGUCAUCCGGUGGCCACCUUUCGUUAGCUUGACUCUCUGAGAUGUUGCAAUGUCCCGUGCUGUCUUACAAAACGUGGAUUUGUGCUGGGUGAUUUUUUUCUACUUAGCUUCAACACCUGGCUGUAGAUCAGCCGAUGCCGACAGCUGUCAUGAGGUGAAGACAGCAUACAUGAUGCGCCAAAUAGGCCCGGUGGAACUGGUGCCAGACAGUCCCCAAACAGAUGAUUCCCUCAGAGUGUGUGUCCACUCUGGUCUCGGGUGCUGUACCAGUAAGAUGGAAGACGGUUACAUGGCCGCCGUUCGCAGCGAGACUCAGCAGAAGAUUCGAUCCUUCAGCUUUGAGCUCAAGUACCUGAUUGCCGGACACAGCAAAGCCUACCAAGACACCUUUGAUUCCCUGGUCUCCUUUACAUCGAAUUUGACCAGCAACUUGUUUGACAGCGCCUACUCCAGCCUGGCAUCAGAGUGUCGGCCGCACGUGCUUCAGCUUUUCAAUGACAUUCGUGGCCAUCUCUCGGGGGAGCCCGAGCCCUCGUUGGAACUAGCGGUGGGGACCUUCUUCAACGAGCUCUUCCCACUGGUCUACGGGCGACUUCUCAACCCUGGAAUGGGCCAGCCGUCGCCUCCCUCUUUUUCCGCUCAGGAAGAGUGCCUGCGGAUGACGCGGCAGGAUGUCAGUCCCUUUGGGCCCCACCCUCCCUUUCUGCUCGCCAGUCUUUCUCGUGCGCUCCGAGCGGGCCGAACUCUGAGUCGAUUGCUCCGAUCGGCCGGGGACGUGGUGGAUGCCACGGAAAAGGCCACGUUAUCCCGAGAGUGUGGCCGGGGCUUAGUGAGGAUGCGGUAUUGCUCCCAUUGCAGAGGUCUGACAUUGAUCAGGCCCUGUAGCGGACUCUGUGUUAAUGUUAUGAGAGGAUGUCUGGUGGGGAUAUCUGAACUUGCUGCACCCUGGAGAAGUUUGGUCCUGUUGCUCCAAAGAUUAGCUGCGACGUUAGCGACCAGCAGCAACCACAACAGCAUGGAGCUGGCGCUGUUGGCCGUCCGGAAUCAUGUCGACGAUGCCAUCCUGCACGCCCAGUUGCAUGGGCCACGCAUCACUGCCAUUGUCGAGAAGGUGUGCGGGUCACACGCAGCUGGUCCCGUGAUGAUAAGCGGACAUCCCAACACCUCCCAUGUCUCCAAAGCUACUGGGCGGAUGAUGCAAAGAGCCUCAAAGAGGACGCCCCUGACCUCUUUGGGCUUUCCAAGUCUUCAGCUCCAGACUCAGAGGUCGUUCCCUCUCAAAGGAUCGAGAGGUGACAAGAGCCGCAGUCUGAAGAAAUUGUCAAGGGAGUUUGAGGGCUCUAUUCAGCGCUACCAGUUGUUUUUCUCCGAGCUCCCUGCGAUGCUUUGUGAAAGUGAGACGGAGGUCGAGCAGCACACGUGUUGGAGCGGCCGAGACGUUGUGGAGAGAGAGAAGCCUCAUCAUGAUUUUGACCACCAGGCCAGUCUGGCUGUUGACAUUCCACAUAUUGUCGUUCCCCCUCAGGUUUAUGCAGGUCGCGUGGUUGCCAGCACUUUGAAAGCACAGAGGGACAACCCGGAAAUUAGCGUCCGCAAUACUGAUCCUGUCCUACGGGCGGCAAAACACCGACUGGAGCGGUUGACACAGGAACUUUUAGCGGAGCUCGGCCGGGCGCACCAAACCGCAAGAAAAGGUGAGGAAGAGGACGGAGGGAGUGCACAAACAGAAAAGGAAAGGGCCAGUGGAGAUGAUUGUGAUGAUGAAGAUGGCUGUGAAGCAUCCGGUAUGGACCCGUAUGAUUUCCCCAGUGGCCGCAGUCCGGUGAGGGAGGACAGGGCUGGUCUUCCCCCUCCCCAGCACAUUCCUCCUCAUCUGGACUCUCCCCCACUGGUGGCCGUUAGAGGAUCGGCCAGCGCGCCGACUGUGGAACGACUGCAUUUGAGCUUGGCCGCCGUCCCGUUGCUGCUGUCGCAAUUGCAGAGCCGUUAAGCUGCAAAAUGAGUGAGUCUGGGCGUGCGUGCGUGCGUGCGACUUUAAAACGACGAGCCUGCGUUUAAAAGCUGUCGCUCAUCUUCACAACAAUGAUAAUUGUCAUCAUGGUGGAAGAUGAACUAUUGAUGGAGCAUUUGCUAUGACUUGCACUGACCUCUCUGCUCACUUGUAGUAUUUAACUCUUCGAGAACAGAUGGCAAAGCACUACUUUUUUCAAGAGGUGUAAAUACAAAUCUAUAUAUUAUAUAUUUAUAUAAAGACUUUAUGAUUUGUUUUUGUAUAAAUAGUAGGUCCCCUGUAGGUAUUAAUUGCACUUUUUUUAAACACACUGAUAAGAUCCAGGACCGCUAUAGUUUGUCGUUAUAGAAAUGUGAUUCAUUCAUGCAACCCAGAAAUGGAAAAAAAACACCAUGAUUUCAAAAGAGGUAGAAGAGACAUUCAUAGUGCCUUAUGACCAAUCAUUUGAAGUAAUGAUCCUGUUCAUGAAAUGCAAACGCUGAAUGAUUGAAAGCAGAGGCCUUUUAGUCAAUCCUACCCAACAAAUGGCAUUAGUGGUCAAAACAAACCUUUUACUUUUGUCGCCAUUCAAUAUCAAUACAAGGCACAUAUUGUUCUUCUGUUUUCUCCUGGCCCUCUUCACUCAAAAGAAGCAUAGAAGGAAGGAACUCAAUCUAGGGAGCUAUUCCUUUGAAGACAAGCAUUUCUUUGACAGCACUCAUCUUUUCUUGAUUUCAACGGCUGCCCUCUUCUUUCCAAAUAAGAGGGACGACAGGCUUCUCGACAAAUUUGAUCGACUCCAUCAGCCUGUCCCAAUUUUCCAAACAUGAUGGAAGUGGCGCCACACAAUCUUCAUCUGGUAAUAUAGAGCCAACGCUAGCUCUCCCCGAAGCGUGCAAAGCAGCAAGGUAGACAAGUUGAAUACUGAUGAAUAUAUUCCAAAGGCUGCCAGUUAAGCAGCUGAAGGACAUUUUGCACAUCUGUCAGCGGGGGGGGGGGGGGGGGCCUGACUUCUUCAAGGUAUCAUUAACAUCCAUCCUGCCAGAUACUAAUAGCAAUGGAAAUGUUUGACUGCGGCUGCUGCUGCUGCUUCUCGUGGUGCCUGAAAAGCAACCUGCCAUUAUUAUUGAAGAAAUGUAUUUCUGACUACAUUUGAACAUGUUUGCCUGAAUUCUGUUGGAUCUUUUGACUUCAUCAAUAAAAUGUUGAAUCUGA